GGACAGGUGAGACAGAAUUAGCCAUUCAUCUGCUCAACAGAGAGUCACAGGCCCACCAGGAACAUGAAGUGUCUCCCAUUCUGCUGCCUGCUGCUCCUUCUCUCCAUGAUCUGCCACAGGGGCCACAGCGCAUCCCUUGGUGGGAAUGAAAUAAAGGCUCCCGAACACCCGAUCUCUGAGUCUCAGUGGGGGGAAUCUGAUGCUCUGGGACCUCUGCUGAGGACCAAGAGAGAGCCCAACCUCCACAUCUGCAUAUACUGCUGCAACUGCUGCAAAAAACAGAAGGGUUGCGGCAUGUGUUGUCGGACCUGAAAAUUCUUCAUUCUGCUUCAAAAAGGAGGAACAUCAUCAAGCAAGACCCAACAUCAAGGCUGAGCAGCUACAAACACACCCUUGUGAUCCUGAUGGUCUUCAAGGAUCAGCCCAGGUCCUUUGGGGUCAUUCCACCACCCCCAUAAAAUCCAGGUUCUGAUUGAGACUUGCCUGUUACUAUAAGGAGUAAAACACCUUCUGGAUCUUGCAGUCCUUACGAAUGAUUCCUUCUGCCCAUCAGCCCCCUCAACAACUAAAUGUAUUUAUUUAUUAUAAUGCUGCUUCUCUCAUUUAUUUAUAUUCUUUUUUUAUAUCACUAUAUAAGGCCUAUGUCUACUUACUCUCUGUAUUAGAACUAUUUCAUUGUAGUCGACUCUUUAAUACAUGUUUGAUACAGUAUUUGCCAAUGGUCAACCGGUAACAAUAAAAUUUCUUAUAUAAUAGAA